AUGCCACGACGUAAAGCUACUGAAAAUGGUACAUCAAGCGCAACUGUUGGUACGACAAAGCCGCGCGCUAGACGCCCUAAGAAAGAGGUUGGUGGUACAGGGGGGCUGGAACCGAAACUUGAAAUGGUUCAAGGGAUGUAUGAUGGUGGCCAAACACCAUCUGCUAUGCAAACCGUCCCAAUGUUGCAUAACCAUAAUGGCAUGAUUCCUAUGCAUGAUGAUGGUGGACCCAUGUCAAGUCAUCAUGUGUAUACUCCUCCGACGGGCUCCAUGGGCGCACCACCACCACCAGAGUAUUAUCAGGCUGUACCACCGAAUUAUCAACCAUCGCCCCUUGGCCCACCACCGGGGCCUGCGCAACAGGCACCACAUCCGGCACCUCAUCAGUUCAUUGAACCUGAGCCACCGCAAAGCCCUUUCGUUGGGCAGCCGACGCAUCUUCAGCAACAUAAUCAUAUGAUCAUGAGGUAUAAGCAUGUGGCACCUAUGGGCAUACCAAAUCAUCAGCAAGGGCCACCUCCUUCGCAGUUAGAAUUCAGGUUACAUGAAAUGAAUCGGAGGCUUUUCAUAUUCAGCAAUAGUGGAAUUCAAGAAAAGGAUCGUGCACAGUGGUGGGAUGCCUUUGCACAUGAAUUUUUUGACGACGAUGCUAAAAUGAGCUUUCUGUUAUUUGAUGACCAAGCUCCUGGUCAUCAUCAUCGAUACACUAUUGGUCGGUUACUGAUAUCGCGAUAUUUCCGUUCUAUAUUCGAGAGUGGGGUAAAAGAAAUGUUUUACGUGAUUCGAACACCUUCUCGCGAACAGGCUGGUGGGCCGUGGACAGUUAUGCUUGAUUGUGAUAACGUGCUUCUUGUGUCUAAACAUGAAAAACCGGUUAUGUCAGAGGUUCACACUGAUUGUAAAUUGAUGUGUGAAUUUGCAUUUGACGAUACAUAUGGUUACCGGAUCCGACAAUGGAGUAUUGAGCUUAGGCAUUGCCAAGAAUUCGUAUUGAGAGAUAUCAGUAUGCUGCAGGAUAGCGAAACACAAGAGAAGUUGAAAUUGAACAUUACGAGGACAGGGAUGACUCAAAUAACAUUAAAUUAUUUGAAGCUCUGCGUUAUCUUGGAACCAAUGCAAGUGCUUAUGAGUCAAAGUAAAUCUCACAACAUUCCACCAAGAGAGUCACUGAAACAAACCUUGUUUCAAGCUCAUGUCAAAAUGCAGCAAUACCAGCAGCAACAGAUGGCAUUAAAUGCAAUGGGUGGUAUGAAUCCUUCGCAUGUACUACAACCAACACCGGUUGAGGAACCGACUUCAAAGAAACCUCGCAAACGAACUAGAAAAACUCCUGCAGGUACUAGUUCAGUGUCGAAUGCCAAGAAGAAAAACAACUCACCCCCUGCAACAAAUGCUGCUAAUUUCCAAAUGAACUCCCAUUUUCCUCUCCAAUAUCAAGACGUUAUGGUAGUUGGUGAACCGUCAAUGAUGGGUGGUGAAUAUGGCGAAGAAGACGAAAGGACUAUUUCUAGAGUUGAAAAUACGCAGUUCGAUCCUAAUGCCAUGCAGAAUUCUAUUCCAAACAUGAGCCACCAAAUGCCCUCCGCAAUGUCAACAAUUGGUGGACCACCACCUCCUCAAACCUAUAUGUCGGAUUUUGAAUUAACAUCGUUAGGUGGAUGGGGUGUUAGUGCAGGAAAUCAGGCUUCAUCUGCUGCUCCACCAGCAACAUGCGGCACACCUCUUGGAGUCAAUACUCCUAUUGCUGCUUGUGAUCCUCAACAAACGUGA